AAAAAUCUAAAAGGCUUUGGGGAAGGGAGCAAGGACGGCGGAAGAGCCGCCGAUUCUUCGUUUUCCGGUAGACGAAAAUCGAUAGUGUUUGUAAGAAGAGACAGAAGCAAAAGCUGGGGACGGAGGGAAGAGGGAAGAAGAGAAAAGGAGAGAUGGGGAAAGAGAAGAAUAAGUGGACGGUGGAGGAGGAGGACGCGUUGCUGGCAGGUGUCACGAAGCAUGGUCCUGGGAAGUGGAAGAAUAUCCUCCGUGAUCCUGAGUUCGCUCUUGUGCUCUGUGAUCGCUCUAACAUUGAUCUCAAGGAUAAAUGGCGUAAUCUAAGUGUUCCCGCUGAUAUUCAAGGAUCAAAGGAUAAGGUGCGGACACCAAAAAUCAAAGCUGCCGCUUUUCAGCUGGCUGCCGUUGCUGCUGCCGCUACCACUCCAACUCCGAGUUCUGUCUCUUUUCCAGUUGCUCCUCUUCAUCGUAGUGGAUCUUCUGAUUUGAGCGUUGAUGAUAGUUGUGACAUGUUGAUUGAUGCAAAGAAUGCUCCCAGGUAUGAUGGGAUGAUAUUCGAAGCUCUUUCAGCAUUGAAGGAUGCUAAUGGAUCUGAUGUCACUACAAUUUUCAACUUCAUCGAGCAAAAAAUGUAUGAAGUGCCAGAACAGUUUAAAAGGGUCCUUGGUUCAAGGUUGAGGAGACUUGCUGCUCAGGGAAAACUUGAUAAGGUUAGCCAGUUAAAACCAGGAACGCAGAACUUAUAUAGGAUGAAUAGUAAUAGCUUCUUGACAAUGAGAACACCAGUUGCAGCGAGAGCAAAAGAGGUGAAUGUGAAACCUCGGCAGACAGGAAACAGCCAAGGACUCACGGUUUCGCAGGAGAAGAUUGAUCUGGCUUCAGGAACGGCAGCUUUUAAGUUCUACGAAGUAGAUGACAAAUUAGAAGUGCUGAGUAAAGGUGUAGAUGAUAAAGAAAGGAUGAUAGAACUGGCUGAACGAGCUGAGAUUAUUCUAUUGCUAGCUGAAGAGCUGCACGAAAGAUGUUGUCGGGGAGAGAUUGUGGAAUUGAACUGAGGUUGUGGGAACAAAAGAAGCAAGCACAGAGAGAGUCUUUGUUUUGGUAUAUAUAACUAAUAGUUAAUAGGCUAUUAGCUUGCUUUCUCUUGUUUUCCAUUUGGACAAAAACAAUAUUUAACUUUAUUUCAUUUACCAUUUUAAAAAAAAAGGUAGUUGAAAGUAAUUAGCCAAGAACAGAAAUGUAUGGUGUGGUCUGGAAAUGACAGUAUCUUUUUCCUUAGUGUUGCCAUGUUUUUACUUUUUAAUCAAAACUACAAUAUGCUGAGCUUUGCAACCUCG